AAACAAUCAACCAAUCACAUUCUUUUAUUUAAGCAAGGUUAAAACAAAUUGAGGUUAUGUUGAGAUGGGUACAGAAAGUGUGAAAUUGCGUGAACUCGUACUUGAAAAAAUCUCAUUUGGUGAAGAAUUGAUCAAAACCAUUGAAAAACACAAUUUGGAAGGUAUCCAAAAACUGAAACGUAAAAUUCAUCAAGAAUUGAAAUUUUUGGGACAGGUGAUCAAAACGGGGAAAAUCAAGAAGGAGCACAUCCAAUGUUCAAAUUUGACCCAUUUUUCCGCUGUCGUAAACACACUUAACAAAGUAGAAAAAUGUCUUUGUGUGAAUAAAGUCGUAAUGUUGGACGAUAGAAAAAUCACAAUUGAUAUAAUCUGCGAUGAUGGUUUAACAUGGAUGAAGGUAAUUGCACGAAAUCCGAAAUCGUUGAGUCAGAUUUGUAUGGGAGAUGCGAGUUUUGGUGUUAGAAGUGUCUUGGAUCAUGCUGAAGACUAUUUGGAAUGUGCCAAACUCAAUCCUUGCUUAUUUCAAAUUCCAAAGGUGGUAUUUGUUUUUGUUAAUGGCGUAGGAAGUAAUUUGGCGGCAAAAAUCGAAAAUUUGGGGAUAAUCGUCCAAGGUGUUCGAAUACAAGAAACCGACAUUGACAAUGACGAGCCCCCAAACCUUGACAAUUUCAAAUUAUCAACACCAAACACCUCACAUAUUGACAAAGUCAAUUUAGACGUGUCAGCAAUGUUGGCUUAUGUCAGUUCAGUAUGUAAUGGAAGCGCCCAUUUGUACCAUUUUUCCGUCCAUGUAUUGGCCCAACAAGCCGAAUGGGAGCGCCAAAGACCCCAAAAACCAAUCCUAGACGAUUUUUUCAAAGGAAAAAAACUCUACUGUUGUGAGACAGCAAGAGACAGUUUUAUCAGUAUUGUAAACACAGUCGGGGGGGUCAAUGAACGAAAAAGAGCCGAAAAUUUACUACAAAACAUUACAGUGCUCCCUGAUAAUGCGACAGCUGAUAAUAAAGUCCAAUUAAUUCAAAAAUUGACAAUUGGUGGAAAAAUCAAAGCGAGAUCGUUGACGAUUUUCACAUUUGGGGACCGAAUUGGGGCUGUCACUGUCACCUCAAAUGAUGGGUUUGUUCGCGCAGCGAGACAACAAGGUGUCAAUUUUGUGGUUUUCAUCCACGAAUCACGAGCCCUAACUGAGCAAAAAGAACAAACGAGAGCGACUGGAAUUAGAAAUUAAUUUUUUUUAUUGAAAUUAAUAAACAAAAUUACAUUUCAAAUUCGGCCAAAGCCUUAAUGGGGUGUUGUGGCAUCCUUUGUGACCCUUUCCUCACCACAGCUCGCACCUCUUUGGGUUUUUCCAGGCGUACCAACGGUUUCUUUUCGGGGAUUUUCAUUUUCCACACUAUCGGUGAUUGGAUGUUGGCACUCUUGGUGUACUUUGUAGCGACAUAGGAAGCCUUGACUGUGAGCACCACAGCAUUCAUUAAGUUUUUCGCGUUUUCGAUAAGAGAUGUCGCACUUUCGACUCUUGUUAAAAUCAAUUCUUCGUUA